AUGAUUACCGAUUCGGAAGCCCCAACCUACAAUUUUAACAGCGAUGAUGAAGCGCCCUGCGAGUACCUUAACGAUGUCUAUGCGAUAAGCGAAGACACCUUUUCGUUUAAAAUUAUCAAGCAGUUGGGGGAGGGCUACUACAGUCCCGGAAAUGGACACAAAGUAAAAAUAAUAUACUACGAACUAGGUUCCGAGGACAAAAUCGCUAGUGCUAACGUGUAUUUAGGAAAGAACGACAAACUACCCUAUAUUUGCGAAAUUGCUGUAAAGUGUAUGAAGCCAAAUGAGGUCUCUAUCAUUCAGGCCCCAACGCUUUUUACAAAAACAUUUAGUAACUCUGAACGGAAGAGCAAGUAUGAUAGGAAGGAAAACUUCAGGAGGGAGUUUAAAAAGGCCCUAAGAUUUAAACAGAAGUGCGUCGAAAAGUACAUAAGCUAUUCCAUCGUGGCAACCUUGAAAAGAAUAAAAUUAAGUUCAAACGAUAUAAAAUUGCUAGUGCGAAAAAGGAAAUUAAACAAGGCUAACCGGGAUGGAAACCACGAUGUGGCACAAAAAGACACACCAGAUGAAGAACUCAAAGGAGAAGACCCACACAACUGCUCAGAAUCGUUGACCUUAGACGAUAUUAACAAUGUAAGGUAUAAAUUUUUAAAAGAGGACGAACUGAGCACAUACGUUGUGUACUUGAAAGAAUAUAAACGAGUCGACAUUCUAAAUCAUGACAGGACUAUAAUAAAGGAAGUCAUGCGAGAAGGGAAAGGAAUUUUUACCCCCAAAAAAAAUGAUUACAUUGAUUUUUUUAUACAAGAUGGAAAGAAGCGCGAGUUUAUUCACACCACCUUGGAGGAACAUAAUUUAAAAUACAGAGGGCUCUUCAAAAUUUUGCAAAAUAUGAAAAAAAAAGAAAUGUCCAAAAUUGUUCUUAAAGGUUUGGAAUGUCUCCACAUAUACCACUUCGCGCAAAAAACACACACGGAAAAAGAGGAGCCGAAUGGCCCCGAAAAAAAUCCAGACGACAUGCAGAAGGGUAGAAGGGACUUCUGCCACGAUGAGAAGCAGAAGGGCAUCGUGGACGAGACAAAGUUGUCCAACUUUGAAACGAAUCAAGUGAAACAAAAUCCUGGUGAGAUAGAAGAGGAAAAGAAUGUCGAUCUCCAUAUCAGAGACGAAUUACCCAAGCAGAAGAAAGAAAUAAUUAUAGAGCUACUGGACUUUAAAAAGUCCAAACGGGUUAAUCUUUUUUCAAUUAUCAAUCUAAACGACACAGGAAAGCUACUGUUUUACUUGUCCGAUGAUGGUAAAGAUAAAACCCCAAACAAACCAAUUAUUGACACCGAUUGCGAGUUGAUAAUCCAUUUAAGUAUCAAUAAUGAUAAGAACAGAAGGGAAAGCAAAAGAAUGCAUUUGCCGGUUCAUUUCUGGAAGAACAAUGGCAAUAUUAAAAAACGAAAGGCAUUUUUCCUUUUUUCGUACGGUUCAUGCUUCACGGCUCCUCUUUGGUUUUAUGAAUGCUUCAAAGGGCUAAAGGAGGGCGAUGAAGUAAUCAUUCCUUUGUCCAAAAAUAGGAAUAUUUUUUCGGAGAAUCAGUUCGCUUACCCUUUAAUUUUUGAGGAGGCGGCUCAAGGGGAACGAGUACAACCCCCGCAAGGCGGCAAACGUGAAGUUGAAGAUGAUAUCCAAAGGAACAAUGGUGUAAGGAACGACCAAAAAGAGUCCACCCCAAAUGACAGUCACCACAUAACAAAAAAGAACCAUUCGGGGAGGAAAUGGUCCAAAAUGGAGGACCGAAAAUUUGUCCAGCGCCUGAUUUCCAACCGAAACAGGGGCAAAGGCUUCUUUCUGAUAGAUGGCUUGAAGAAAAACCAAGUGGAUCGCUUCUGUGAAGGUUUUCUUUCGUCGCAAACGUCCCUGAUCAAUAGAACUCACCAUGAGGAGGAAUCGCCAAAAUUGCCUUUUCAUUGUAGCUCCUUCCAAAAAGUCAGGCGGAAGAAAUUUUACAAAAGUGUAGCCAACAUUCAAAAAAGUGAAAAACUUACCAGGAUGAAGCAUCAGCUGAGUAAACAACUUUACGAAGUUAGCUCUUCCAACGAGAGUAUCUCAAAAGAGGAUGAACACAAAGGACAAAAAAUGGAUAAUUUUUCAUUCUUUAGAAAAGCCCUAAAAAGCGUAUACUUUGACAAAUCAUUUUACGAAAAAGAUACCAUUUUAAAAAUAAAAAUUGUUAAACUUAUUUGUAAAAAGAAAGACCCGUGGAAUAUGAACAUCUCAGAACAAAUUGAGUACCUAAAAAUUUACAACAAAAUGGGCAAUACAUUUAUGAAAAAAAAUUUGCACUAUGCAGCCUCACUUCAUUACAUAAAAGGCUUUGAUAUAUUUCGCUUUUCCAAAAUUUACAGUUUAAUUUUUGAGGAAAAGAAAAUAAAUGUGUCAAAUUUAGACAGUGAUGACAUGGCGAAGGAGCUCGUACUACACGCCGAAAAGAUACUAACUAAUUUGGCCAUUUCUCACUACAAAUUAGGAAACUACAAUGAAUGUGUUAAGUAUGCAGAAAACGCUGCCACUAUAAAUCCAGAAAAUGUUAAAUCCAUUUAUUGGAAACAUAUGGCAUAUUUGCAGCAAAAUAAAUAUCACCAAGUCAUAAAAAAUUUGAACAAUUCCUUUUGCCUCAGCAAUUUGACACUUCUCAAGUUGUACAACACCGCACGCGUAAUAAAGAAAAAACAGGACGCCCACUUUAAUUCACUUUUUUACGCCAUGUACGAUCAGAAGUGA